CUUUAUUAUUAUUAUUAUUUUAUGUAAACAUGUAGGUCAGUGUAAAACUGGAGGUUAAUUAGUUGGAAUAAUUACCAGAAGCACCGAAACGUCACGGGUGUGCUUCACGUGUGGGGCGUGGAAUCGAACUGGUGUCUAUAAGAAGAAGCAGCAGCAGUGUCUGAGGGGCAGCUAAACGGACUCCAGUAGAAGUCAAGAAGGUAAAGUGUGAGAGCAUCACAUCAUCUGAGGACCCCUGUGUGCUGCUGGGAAGGAGUGACAGACCCGGGGAGGGGGGCAAGACUUCAAGCAGAAGAAGAAUAGGAAGAGGAAGACACGCUUGACAUCCACAUCUCGGUCUUCUCUGCGGGGCGUGGAGUCGUUUUAGCAUCUUUAGCGCAUCUGCUAGUACUUGCUAACAAGGUACAUGUUUAGCGUUCAUGUCAGUGGAGCCGGAAUGUAAACUUUAGGCUUUUCUAGACCAGAGGCCUACACCAUCCUCCUCUAAAACUAGAACGACCUCAGUGCCGGUGGAUAACCCCCCCCCCCCCGAAGCACAUCUAGUGAAUUUGACCUGACGGUGGAUUCAACAGCUUCCAUCCAGACAGCAAACCAAAGCAGAGCAUCUUCAUUGCUCUUUUUAUUAUUAAACCUGUAGCACUGACUUGUACUGCUGUGAACUUUAUUCCCAAGAGAGUUGUUUUGUACAAUCUGUAAAAAUGGGUCCUGGAAUGGAAGCACCUGACAUAGCUGUGGUAGCACUGUAUUUUGUCCUGGUGCUAUUCAUUGGGUUUUUGGCCAUGUGGAAAGCCAACCGCAGUACUGUUAGCGGCUACUUCCUGGCUGGACGCUCCAUGACAUGGAUAGUCAUAGGUGCAUCGCUGUUCGUCAGUAACAUUGGCAGUGAACAUUUCAUAGGCCUGGCUGGGUCGGGAGCAGCAAGUGGCUUUGCGGUGGGAGCAUGGGAGUUUAACGCACUUCUUCUUCUGCAGCUGCUUGGCUGGGUGUUCAUCCCUGUUUAUAUCCAUUCAGGAGUUUACACCAUGCCCGAGUACCUUUCGAAACGCUAUGGAGGCAACAGGCUAAAGGUCUACUUUGCUUUUUUGUCUGUUUUACUUUACAUUUUCACAAAGCUGUCUGUGGACUUGUAUGCUGGAGCCCUCUUUAUUCAAGAGUCACUGGGAUGGAACCUUUAUCUGUCUAUUUUCCUGCUCAUUAGUAUGACUGCACUCCUCACUGUCACUGGUGGACUGGUGGCAGUAUUGUACACAGAUGCACUUCAGGCAGUGCUAAUGAUAGGUGGAGCACUGACUUUAACUAUCAUGAGCCUUGUCAAAGUUGGUGGGCUGGAGGGUGUCAGAACUAAGUACAUGCAGGCAGUUCCUAAUGUUACUGCUAUAAUGGCCACUGGAAACUUCUCCUAUUCUCCUUCUUGUCGCAUUCAUCCCAAGCCUAAUUCUCUACGCAUCCUUCGCGGCCCUCUGGAUGAAGACAUCCCAUGGCCAGGUUUUAUUUUUGGCCAAACUCCUGCAUCAAUCUGGUACUGGUGUGCUGACCAGGUCAUUGUUCAGAGAGUACUGGCAGCAAAGAAUUUAGCCCAUGCCAAAGGCUCAACACUCAUGGCUGGGUUUCUCAAGAUCCUGCCCAUGUUUGUUAUAGUCAUUCCAGGUAUGAUCUCUCGCAUUAUGUUUGCAGAUGAAAUAGCCUGCAUUGGGCCCGAGCACUGCAUGGCUGUCUGUGGUUCUCAGGCAGGCUGCUCAAAUAUUGCCUAUCCUCGCCUGGUUAUGGCUGUGAUGCCCGUGGGACUCAGGGGUCUGAUGAUGGCCGUCAUGAUUGCUGCCCUGAUGAGUGAUCUUGACUCAAUCUUCAACAGUGCAAGCACCAUCUUCACCUUGGACAUCUACCAAACCAUUCGGAGGAAGGCAUCCCAGCGUGAGCUGCUUAUUGUGGGCCGUAUGUUUGUUGUGGUCAUGGUGGGAAUUAGUAUUGCUUGGGUCCCUGUUAUUAUUGAAAUGCAAGGUGGACAGACAUAUCUCUAUAUCCAGGAAGUUGCUGGCUACCUAACUCCACCAAUUGCAGCCCUCUUCCUGUUAGGUGUUUUCUGGAAACGCUGUAAUGAAAAAGGUGCAUUUUGGGGAGGCAUGACAGGUUUCACCUUAGGCACCCUGCGACUGAUCCUUGCAUUUAUCUAUCGCCAGCCUCGCUGUGACCAGCCUGACACAAGGCCCGCCUUCAUCGUACAUGUGCACUACAUGUAUGUGGCUGCAGGACUGUUCUGGAUUUCAGGGCUAGUGGCUAUAGUGGUCAGUCUCUGUACUGCCCCACCAGAUAAGGAGCAGGUAGCCACCACAACAGUCUGGGGGCUCCGUAACAUUGAAAUGGUUCCCACUAAGGACAGAGAGGAAAUGUACAGGCUGACAGAGAAGAGCCACUGUAAUGGCGCUGGAGGCCUCCAUAAAGAAAUGCCCCCAGAUGUCAGAAACCAGAGAUGUUUGGAUGGGGCAGAUGUCAAACUCCUGGUACCAUCCACUGACCAUGACCCAGCAACUCCUAGUACAGAGGCAUCCCCUGCAACCACCCCUGCAGACCAAUUUGGCAAUAGAAAGCUGGAUCCGAUCAGAGGAGAGGAUGGCUGCCAUGGCAAUGGGGAGACUGGCAAGUGCCGGCGUUUAGUGGACUGGUUUUGUGGAUAUAAGGAUGAAGCACAGAAUGCUCAGCAAAAAGUGGUGCAGGAGGACGCAAGAGUCAUUGCAGAGAUGCUAUACGAGCCACCUAGAGUUAAACUUCUCCUCAACUUGGGCCUGCUAUUCGUCUGCUCUGUGGGCAUCCUCAUGUUUGUUUAUUUCUCACUUUAGUUGAACCCUGCACUGAACUGAAGGGGACUGAUGUGCUUUUAUGAAGAUAUGUGGGGGCUGUUAUAAACAAACAGUUGAAUUUUUCAGAGAUUUGUGAAGCUCUGUCUGUAAUAUUUACAGUUGUAUUUUGUAGCUCUCUAACAGGGAUUCAAGCUUAUUUUAAUCAUUGUUUUUAAAUGAUUAAAGCUUCUCCACAUAAAUAUUAUACUGCUUUAUGACUAUGAAGCUUAUUUUGUACAGAGCUUGUUAAUCCUGCAUUCAAAAUAUCAACUGGGAUUUUUAGAAUUAUUGUACUCUAAGUGAAUUUAAUGUUUGCCUUAUUUGACAUAUGCACUUGUCUCUCUUUUUUUGUAUAGUGAAAAACAAAUGUAUUCUGUAAUUAAGUUUUUCUUUUUUUUUUUUUUUUUUUUACUUUUGUUGACAGUGACUCUAGGCUUAGUUGCUGCUGUAGCAUAUAUGUCUGUAGUAACUUAAAAAAAAUACGCUAGGUAAUAGGCCAUGUACUUGUUUCUUGUGCGCUCUAUUAUUAUUGACACUUUAGUUCAGCUAAUCAUCAAAAUAACUUAUAUUCUGUGCCCUCAAUAGUCAGUUCAGUUCAAUUCUUUGCUGGAGAGAACAUGUCGAAAUUACAUCAAUGUAUUUUUAUAAGGUGACUGUUUUGUUUUUAGAAAAGCACUUCAUAUGUUUUUUCUCUUGGUUUGUUCUAGUCAACCAGAUGCACUGAACUGAAAAGAAUUUAUUUUUUUUUUUACCAAGCAUACACGUGAAAUCACAUUUACAAUAUGUAUGCAUUUUGCCACAAUAGUAAAUGUUAAAAAAGCACAAGUGAAGAAAUGUGAUCCAUUGUGAAGAGUUAUAAAUUUUACCAUCCCUAGAAAACAAAUGGCAAAAUCUCAGUGUAAGACUGUCAGCUGUUUUGACUGCCUCUUCAUGGUGUUGUUGCUGAUGCCAAAUUGAGUCCUAUCUGAAAAUGUACUUAAAAUCCUUAAUAUAUUGUGUUUUCUACUACUGUGUUCUUCUUUUUGAUUAGUUUUUUGUGUCUGUGUUCAGUGUUACAUGUCAAAACACAGCAUUUUAUGCACUAUUAUUGUAUCAUAACAGAAGUACCAGUGCUCUUGGUUCUGUAUUAAUUUAAACUUUAUGCAUAUCUCAUGUAAUAUUUCACACCGUUAACAACUGUUAAGUGUGUUGCAUUUGCAAAAAAAUGUAAAAUACAAUAAAAUUCAGGGCUCAGUUUAUCUCCCACAUUACACAUUUAUUGAAUAUUAGCCUCUUUUUGUGCAUCUGCUGUGUGUCAAUGUACCUUUCUGUCACUUAAUCUUGUUUCAAGUACAUCUCUUCUAAACCUCCUACCAAAUGUGUCUUAGUGUGCAAAAGCUAAAAAGAAAAAGAAAAAAA